AUGGGCAACGAUAAGAAACAUCAAUUCACGCACUCAAAUACCCGUCGGAGGGCUUCUGUUGUUUAUGGAUCUGAUGGGAAAGGAGGUAUUUUCGUUCCUUCGGAUUUCAUCACCGCUGGUCCAGAUGAUGGGGCUGAAGAUGAAAGUAUUAUAAGAAGAGAUGAAGAGUCAGCAGUCGGCUUCAGUGAGACUGAACCAUUACUUGCUCCCAAUGGACGGAAAUUCAGCAAGCAUCGUAAAUCAAGCGUUGCUAGAGAGUUGAUAGAGGAAGAAAGAGAACUAUUAAAGAGUCAUAAUAUCAAUGUGGGCGCCGAUGAAGAUGAAGUAAUUGAUGCAUUCGAGAAUGCGGUGAUCAACAAGCAACUCGAGGAAACAACUUGGCAAAUUGAGCUUGUUUCGUUAUUCAAGGCAUCAAUUCCUUUGGUUGUUACCUUUCUUUUGCAAAUGUCUCUUUCUACCGUAUCUGUUUUCACUGUUGGACAUUUAGGUGCAACAGAAUUGGCUGCAGUGUCAAUGGGAUCUAUGACUGCUAAUAUCACUGGUUACGCUACAAUUCAGGGAAUAUCAACUGCUUUAGAUACGUUGUGUCCACAAGCUUUUGGUGCCAAGAAGUACACUUUAGUAGGUGCAUACAUUCAAAAGUGCAUAGCUUUAAUCGUUGUUGUCAUGUUGCCCAUUCUUGUGAUUUGGGUCUUUUUCGGUUAUGGGCUCAUUUGCCUUAUUGUGCCUGAUAAAGAGACGGCAAAGCUCGCCGCUGUCUACUUGAAGUACAUUGCCCCAGGAAUCCCAGCAUACAUUGCUUUCGAAUGUGGUAAGAGAUUUUUACAGGCUCAGGGUAUUUUCCAUAUCUCCACUUAUGUCUUACUUAUUGCUGCUCCAUCUAAUUUGGUAAUGAACAUUUUCCUUGUUAACAGAAUCGGAUACUUGGGUGCACCAAUUGCUGUGGCAAUUAAUUACUGGAUCAUGGCAUUGGGAUUGAUUGUAUCAAUUGUAUUCUUCAUUGACAAAGAUCAAACCCCUAGUGGAAUUCACCCAUUAUCUUGUUGGGGCGGUUUGAACGUUAGACAGGCAUUUACAGGCUGGAAAAAGUUGGCAUCUUUGGCACUUCCAGGAUUAGUUAUGUUGGAAGCCGAAUUUCUUGCUUUUGAGAUCUUGACCUUGAUGGCUUCAUAUUUGGGCACUGUUGCCCUUGCAGCUCAAUCCAUUGGUACGACAAUGGCAGCAUUGGCUUAUCAAGUGCCAUUCGCAAUUGGCAUUGCAUCUUCCACUCGUAUUGCAAAUUUCUUGGGAGCAGGCUUAGUAUCUGCAGCCAGAACAUCUACAAAAGUUUCAAUUAGUUUUGGCUUGGUGAUUUCCAUACUCAACUUUUUGGUCUUAUUUUGCUUCCAAACGCAAAUUGCCCAAGCUUUCACCAAAGACGAAGACGUUAUCAGAACAGUUGGUGGUGUAAUGUGGCUUAUUGCUAUUAUGCAAAUUUCUGAUUCCAUGAAUGCAAACUCCGCUGGUUGUUUAAGAGGUCAGGGCCAAACAAAGAUUGGGGGAAUUGUGAACUUUGUCUCCUACUAUAUGCUAGGAAUUCCUUUGUCAAUUUACAUCACCUUCUACUCUAGAUUUGGAGGUACUUUACAUGGGCUCUGGUUUGGUAGUUUUGUUGCCUUGACCGUCAUCGGGGUAGUUCAAAGUUACUACGCCUUAUGUGCUGACUUCGAGCAGUUAUGCGAAAAUGCUAAAAAGAAUACUACUGUCGAGCAUCAUUAUUAG